AUGACAGACCUCGAGGAAGCUAUUUCCGUCGCACGACAAGCCGUCGAUGCUACAGCGCUAGACCAUCCACGUUUGGUUUGGCGAUUGAACAAUCUCGAGCUUCUUUUAGGCGAUAGGUACUCGAGGUCCGGAGUAUUAGCAGACCUCGAAGAAGCUACUCACCUAGCACAGCAAGCUGUCGACACUGUGCCACCAGAUCAUCCGAACCGAGCAAUAUUGCUGAACAAUCUCGGACUUCGUCUCGGUGAAAAAUAUCUACGAACUGGAGCAAUAGCAGAUCUCCAGGACGCUAUCAAUGUCGCACAACGGGCCGUUGAUGCUACUCCAACCGACAAUCCGCAACGGCCAAUAGUGUUGAACAACCUUGGAUUUCGACUGGGCGACAGACCAUCCGGACCGGGCUGGACGGUUAAGCAAUCUCGGAAUUUGUCCGGCGACAGCUACUCCCGGACAGGAGCAAUAGCAGACCUCGAGGAAGCUCUUAGCAUAGCACGUCAAGCUAUUAAUGCUACCCCGUCAGACCAUCCGGACCGAGCUGGACAGUUAAGCCGUCUCGGAAGUUGUCUCGGCGACAGAUACUCCCGGACAAGAGCAAUAGCAGACCUCGAGGAAGCUAUUAGCAUAGCACGACAAGUUGUUGACGCUACCCCGCCAGACCGCCCCUACCAGGCUCGUAUAUUAAGCAAUCUUGGAAAUGGUCUCCACAACAGAUACUCCCGGAUAGGAGCAAUAGCAGACCUGGAGGAAGCUAUUAGCAUAGCACGACAAGCUACUAACGCCACCCCGCCAGACCAUCCGGACCGUGCUAGAUAUUUAAGCCAUCUAGGAGCCUUUACGGGCUACAGAUCCUCUCGGACUAGAGCAAUAGCAGACCUCGAGGAAGCGGUUAGCAUAACACGACAAGCUAUUGACGCCACCCCGCCAGGCUGUCCGGACCGGGCUAUACGGUUUACAAACCUCGGAAAUAGCCUAUGCAACAGAUACUCCCGGACUGGAGUGAUAGCAGAUCUCGAGGAAGCCAAGCGAUGUUUCAUUGACGUCGUACAUCAGACCACGGCCAUUAUUAGCGAGCGUGUCGUAGCUGGCCGUCGUUUUCUGUCCUCUCCAGGCAUCCUUCAAGACCAACAAGCAUAUUCGAUUGCCAGGACGACAAUCGACUUGAUUCCCUUAAUAGUGACUCGUUCUCUGCAAAAUGCAGACAAGCGGCACCUUCUGUCUGCUGCCGUUGGACUGUCAUCGGACGCCGCCGCUAUUGCUCUCCAUUUUCUUCACGGCCCAGUCGUUGCUAUCGAACUACUCGAGACCGGCCGCGGUGUUAUAGCAAGCGCGUUUUUCGAGCGGUCUGAGGUUUCCGCUCUCGAAAAGGGCCAUCCUGAGAUGGCGCGCUCCUUUAUCGACCUCCAGGAUAAGCUGGACACGCCAUCUUCGCCAACUUUUCUUGCUAUAGCAGAGCAGCCCAUUAUGGCUACAGAGACAGAAGGAAAGCAGCGACAAGAGGCUGGGCUCCAUCUCCGGUCGCAGCCCGGGUUUGAGCGAUUCCUUCUUUCCCCAUCUGAAGCCGACAUGUUAAAGGCUGCAUUAUACGGGCCGAUUGUCAUCCUGAACGUGAGCUCGUUUCGUUGCGAUGCUGUAAUCAUUACGCAGUCUGGAAUUCGGUUGCUAGAGCUGCCACAUCUCUCCCAAGAGACCAUUAAUGACCGGGUCGUCGGGAAUCUUCAGUCUCUAGAGACACUCGAAUGGCUCUGGGAUGAUAUCGUCCGUCUAAUCCUCGAUGAUUUGGGCUUUACUGAGCCUCCGUCAGGCAGUCAGUGGCCGCAUAUAUGGUGGGUUCCAACUGGAAACCUGACUCGAUUUCCUCUCCACGCAGCUGGACAUCAUCUCAGGCGCAGCGGCGAAACUGCGCUCGAUCGAGUUAUCUCGUCCUACGGCUCGUCCGUCAAGGCAAUCAUAAACAGUCGUCGACGGGGAGCGCAAGCACUAGCAGGCGGGAAACCCCACAAUGUCGUCGUCGUUGCCAUGCCACACACGCCGGGACAGCAACUGCUUGAGUUUGCAGGUGACGAGGUCAAUGCCGUGCUAGCCACCUGUAGGUCAAUGGGACUGCAGCAUACCCAGCCUCGACCGCACAAGAAUAGCGUCUCAUUAGCCUUAGAGACUUGCUGGAUCUUCCACUUUGCUGGCCAUGGCGGCACGCAUCCCACAGAACCACUCCAUAGCCAAUUGCUCCUCGAGGAUUGGGAUCGAGAGCCGUUCACGGUGGCGAGACUCUUGGAGACCAACCUCGCCUCAAAUCCGCCAUUCCUUGCCUACCUCUCGGCGUGCGGGACAGGUCAGACCCUGGAUGAGACGUCUGUCGACGAAAGCAUCCAUCUGGCCAGUGCGUUCGAGCUGGCCGGGUUCCGUCACGUGAUAGGGACGCUGUGGAGUGUCGAUGACCGAUUGUCUGUAGACAUGGCUCGAAUGACGUAUGAGGUUUUGCACAGUGAGGGAGUCAGGGAUGAAUCUGUGAGCGGCGGACUUCACUACGCUACCAGACUGCUUCGAGACCAGUGGAUCGACAGCGAGACAGAUACUGGGCACGGGAGAUCAGGGCUUUCAAGUUCAGCAAGGGACGGCGGGUUGUUAGUUCCGGAGCGGAAGCGGUUACUCUGGGUCCCUUAUGUUCACUACGACACCUGA